AUGGAAAGAAUGAAGGUGCUUGUGAUUGUUUUCAUUCUCUACUGUACAUGCAUUGUGAUUGAAUCAAUUGAUCUUGGUGAUCUUUUCACUGAUCUUGAUACUGUGAACGGUAUUACAUUUCAACAUUUACAAUUUUUCUUCACCGAAUUUAGUGCUCUUAAACAACGUGUUAAUCAACUUGAGACUUCUAACACAAUGCUACAAGAAAAGUUAAAAUUGAGCCAGAACAAAACUGAGGCACUGGAAAGGCAGCUGAAUAGCAGCAUUAACAACGUCAAUCAACUAACAAGGGAACUAGGAACUUUACAAAGUAAGGUACAAACGCCAACCUUAGCAUGGACUGGCCAAACAACUGGGGAGCGUGUUGUAGUAAGUCAUUUGCCUUUUGUUCGUACAAGAUAUGUGACACCAGCCAACAAUACUGAAUAUUAUAAAUUGAAAAUUGAAAGUGAUGGAACAUAUCUUGUUGUUGCACAAGGCAGAUUCUCCGGUUAUACUAAUAGCCAGGACGACUGGUGGGCAAUGAGAAUUACAAAUACUGUAGCAAAUGAGCAGUUAUUUACUGCGUUUGGUUCUUUUCCUCAUAAAUAUCCAACUUUUGAGACAAUGGAUUCUAAUACUUGUGGAUUUUGGAUCGGUAAAUUAAAUAAAGGAGACGUAAUAGAACAACAAUAUCUUCUUUAUGGUCGAGGAACGAAUGAUAUCGUUUUUCAUCAAGAUGGUACUGGUUCAACAGCUAUUUAUGCAAUCAAAAUUGGAAAUUAA